AUGGCAGACACAGAUGAAGACUAUUACAUCCCGCCUCAGGAUCAGCGCGUCUUUGGAGCUGGUAUCAGACGCAAAAAGAUCAACUUCGUCCCCGCAUCCACUCCGGAUUCACAGAUAUCUACAGCCAAACCAUCAACCUCGACAAACGCCAGAGCCCGAUAUCUAGCCAUUGUUUUACCGCAGAAUACUGACACCUCUGGAGAUACGGAGCGAGAUCUCGAGCCGGUCCAGGCUCAAGGCAUAUGCGCAGUGUGCCAGCAACCCGUUGCGGCCGACGACGAACUGUCCACAAGUCAUGAAGCCUCAAUCACGCAUCAAGUGUGCCUGAAACAUUCUUUCCCACCAUCCGACCUUGACCGCGGUCGGGUUGGUCUACGAUAUUUGUCAAGUUACGGGUGGGAUCCUGAUUCUCGAAGAGGGUUAGGCGCAAAAGAAGAGGGGAUCAGGAUACCCAUCAAAACGAAGGAGAAAAACGAUACCGUGGGUUUGCGGGAGACGGUUGAUGAAGAAACGAAUGUGCUGAAGAAGAAACACAACCCCAAGAAAGAGGAAAAAAUUGUGAAAUUGAACGCCAAAAGAGUCCGAAUCAUGGAUGACGAGGCGAAGAAACGAGCAGAGAAGCUGAGACAGCUGUUCUACGGUCCAGACUUGGAGAAAUAUUUGGGACCCAAUAGUUGA